CGGCUGUGCGCAUGCGCAGUGUUUGGUUUUUAAAUUGAACGUAUGAACAACAUGGUGCUCAGGAUCACGCCAGAAAAUGGGGGAUAGUAGUAAAAGUAAAGUAUGCCAUCAUUUUAAACAUUAUUUUUCUCCGCCAACGAGGAACGGAAGUGGAAUAAACCGUGACAGUUCAACACUAACGUUUCAUAGGCGCACUAAAUUCAGUGGGUAUUAACCCACAACAUGUUGGAAGUGAUUGUUAUUGUUUUCCACUCUCUUCGGUUUGCUAGCUGUUAGCUAGUUAGCAAUUUAGCAGCACAGCAGCUAGUUGUCCAGUAUUGCGGUUCAAAAUGGAGGCGAGUGGCAGUUAGGGAAGUGCUGAAUUGCUUCUGAAGCAGAACAUUUUGCUCGUCUCGGUUUAUUGUCGAAGUAUGUUAGUCCUGUAGUGAUUGUUUAUGCAUGAUAGGAAGCUGUUGGCUGUUUAGCAACUAAGCUAAUUAGCAAGCCUGCAGGGCUGUGUUCAACAGCAUCAUGACGGAUUUGCAACGUUGUUUUCUGGGAGGUUUAGGUGUGACGUUCAUUAUUUGUAUUUUACAGCGCGUCAUUUUGCUAAGGUUACGGCUGACUGAUUGGUAAGAUAAAGAGAUUUUAAGUUGUUUAGCCUUUGGAGCUAUGGUUUAUUCUGUAGCUUGUUUUCGUCAUGAAUAUGCGGACUGAGUCCAUCUCAAACGUGGGAUUGCGCUCCGAAUCGAAGAGUUUUUACUUGUCAAAAGGACACACUAUUGGUGUCUCAAGAAAUUCCCACACCUUACUGACAGAAACGCAUGACUCUGUUGGUAUCACCCUCAAGGACGCGGGGCAGCGUUUUGUUAAAUCAAGAAACCUGGCCAAGGAUCUGGGUGGGAAAGCUGCUCGGCCUUUAUUGCCGGUGGGACAAAACAAAGCUGGUGCUUCUGGGACCAGCUCUGAGAGCACCGACAAAUCAGCGUCUCAAACCAAACCAAUGGGGGGCGAAGGAACCCCUGUUAAAAGCAAAACUCCACUUGGACAAACCAGUGCUACUGAUAAUAAAGCAGAAUUUGUUUCAAUGAAUUCCCACAAUUCCAGAGAUUCUGGUGGUGAGGACAGCACAAAGGGGUUUGAAACUAUGGGGGCUCACACAGUGGCAUCUCAAGAACACACAGAAGGCAAACGAAACAACAUGAGGAAGACCUCCAGCCAUCCCAAUUCACAAGCCAACUGUCUUCAUCAGCUACUCUUGCUUCAGCUGGACCUGAUCGAGCAACAGCAGCAGCAGCUGCAGUCUAAGGACAAGGAGAUAGAUGAGUUAAAAGCGGACAGAGACACGCUGCUUGCACGGAUUGAACGGAUGGAACGGCGUUUACAGUUGAUGAGUAAGGAACCACGUGAUAAGCGUCUCUUUCAACCCUUAGAGAGAUGGGUCCCAGACACUGAUGACUUCUGGGAUUCCGAUGUAGGAGACAGCCCUCAUACCCCCACACCUAAGACCCCCUUUAGUCGAAGCAGCAAAGCGCAAAAGAGGAAAUGUGGCUUCCUGGAUUCCAAAAUACAGAGGUCACAGGGCAAGUCUUCUAGGUUAACCCCCCAGAAGUCUGACACUGGUCCAACCUCACCAUGUCAGAGGGAGCUGCGAAACAAAGAGACCCCUGAGAAGACAGCACCCGGGAGGUCAUCAGGCCCGACAGAAACAACAGCAGAUGCAGAAGAGAGCUGUGAAAAUGAGGACUUUCCAUACAUGACGACAACAGAAAUGUACCUGUGCUGCUGGCACCAACCUCCUGUCUCUCCCCUUUGUGAGGCGUCCCCCAAGAAAGAGGAUGAUGUUGCCAUUCCAUCCUGGCGGGAAAACAGCAUUGAGCCUUUGAGGGAAGAAGAUGCUUUAGAUAUUUCAGAGAAUCUUGAGGAUGGGGUGUUUCUGAAACGCCACUCAAAGCUCGAGCUGGAUGAGAAGAGAAGGAAAAGAUGGGACAUUCAGAGGAUACGGGAGCAGCGUAUGCUUCAACGGUUGCAGCAGCGCAUGGAAAAAAGAAAACUAAAUAUUCAGGAGAGUGAGCCAGAGGUUUCCUCAUUUUACCCUGAUGCUGAUGAUGUGGAGUCAGUUGUUGUAACACCUUUUCUGCCAGUUGUGGCCUUUGGCCGGCCUUUACCCAAGCUGACUCCACAGAACUUUGAGCUGCCAUGGCUUGAUGAAAGAAGUCGCUGCCGUAUAGAAAAUCAGAAAAAACAAACUCCUCAUAGGACCUGUCGGAAAUAAGGCAACCUUGCACAAGUUGAGUGCACAAGCUGAAUGUUGAACGCUGCAGGAUACUUGAUCAACUUCAUAGAUUUGUGUGGGUUUACAGUUAAUCUGCAAUAAAAUGCCAUGUGACAGUAUGAGAAAAUGGCUGUAUUGCAGAUCUAUUUAUGUUACUACUCUUUAGGACAAACCCAUUGUUAGAAUGCCCUGUAAUUUCUUUUUUAAACACAUAUUGUGUUUAGUCUCGAUUGAGCUCUGUAUAAAAUAGUUAUGGUCCUGGUCUAUUUUUAUAUAAAUGGUAUUAUGGGGCAUUGCUUCAAGCAAAGCUUUCACCUUGUGGAUAUUUUGCAUCUGAUGCAUACUUUGCAUGUAACACCUCAAACGAGUCAUAUUCUGCACACAAUGGACUUUUGAAUAACACACAGUGCUAAAAUGUACACCUUCUAUAUACAUGCACCGUGAAAGAAUAAAGGCGAGUGCAAAUCAAAACAUACAGUGAGAAUACGAAAGCCCAAAAUCCUCAAAAUCUGAAUUGAAAUUUUAGAAUGCAUGAUUGUCUAUUGACAAAUUGUACUGAAUUUCUAUUCCAUUAAAAAAAACUUUAACCAUCAAAAAUUCUAAGUUAAAUAACAAGUGUGUGCUUUUGUCUUGUAGCAAAUAUUUUCAGAGUAGUUCUUGUUUGUGAGCUUAUACUGAAGGUCUCUAGAUUUCUAAAGUUACUCAGCACGCCUUGAAUUAACUUGCAUUUAUUAAUGUUUUCUUAUCAAGUAGCUGGUCAUUCGGCUGACUGAAUCCAUCUGAACCUAUAAUUUGAAGGACAUGUGUGCCUCAUACAGCAGGACUUAAGCAAAAUCUAAAACCGUGUCUCACUUUCUGUAGUAGCCAGAUUGUUUUUAGAUUGGCAUGAAUUUAUUUCACCAUCACACUUUUUUUUUUUCUUAUAAAACUGUAAGAUUUUGUCAGGCCCCAUUACACUUGUAGGUUGUAUAUAAGCAAAAAUGUUAUUUUUUUUAUUAUUUAAUGUUUGAGUGUUGUAAGUUCAGUGUAGUUCACUGAAGCAAAUUGUUUUGCAAAAAAAAUACAAAGACCAUUAAUUUUG